AGUUCAGUUGUCAUUUUGUGAUGGCGGCGCUUGGGGAGUUACGCUAUUGUUCUUUAACAUAGGACGCGGUGUUUUCUUAGUUCUGAACUUAAGAUUUUUGUUUGUUUUGAAUUAUUUUAAGUGAUAUUUAAAUAUGUAUAAUCGUGAGUACCAUUUGAAACGAGCGCAAAUCCAUGCGUUUAUUGUCUGGUGGUAUCAAUAUUAUCAAUGUUGUGUUUCUAAAUAAAAAUAUGCUUACAUACUUAUAAGAACCUUGUUAGUUGGAUAAACAGUUUUCAUAUAAAUAAAUACUUGUAAGAAUUAAAAAGUUUUCAAAAGUGUAUAACAUCAGCAGUGUUGACGCCGUUCUCGCGUAUCUAGUUGAACAACAGUCAACAUGAAUGAUGUUCGUGACAAAGUUGUCCCUGGACCUUCUACAUGGGAGAGUAAUGCAACACAGAGUGACUCAUCUCCAGAACUACAGUCGUCUCCAAGUUCAAGUGGUGAGACUCCCCAGACGCCAGGAGCACCAGUUCCUCUGGCCCCACACCUAGCAGCUGAAUUACAUCCAGAUCUUAUACAGCAGGGCUGGAGGAAAUAUUGGUCUAAAAGAGAAAAUAGACCUUAUUUCUGGAACAAGCUGUCGGGUGAAUCUAUGUGGGAACUUCCAGCAGUCAAGAGAGAUUUUGAUCCUAUAACAGAUCCAUUAGGCAUCUGUCACACAGGCCCAUCAAAUGCUGGUAACAUGACUCCUGGUGCCAACAAACGCCGUCCAUCUGAAGAUAAUGGACCACCACCAAAGAAAUUUGUUUUGGCUGGACCUUGGGAUAUUGAGGUGCCAACUAAUGUGGUAAUAUAUGAGAGACCUCCAACCAUUUGUCCACAUCCCCAUCCAGAAAUAGAAGGCUUUAGAUUCACCUUGGCUAAUAAGUUAAGACAAUGCUACCAAGAGCUAUGCCAUACAAGGGAAGGCAUUGAUGCUCCUAAAGAUUCAUUCAAUAGAUGGUUGAUGGAAAGGAAGGUCAAUGAUCAGGGUGGUUCAGACCCCCUUCUUCCUAGUCAUUGUUUCCCAGAAAUAUCACAUUCAAUGUAUGAGGAAAUUAUGAAUGACAUUCCAAUUAAACUCACUCAUCCAAAAUUUACUGGCGAUGCAAGGAAACAAUUAUCUAGGUAUGCAGAAGCAGCAAAGAAAAUGAUUGAAUCACGGAAUGCAUCACCUGAAAGUCGUAAGGUGGUGAAAUGGAAUGCUGAAGAUACAUUUCAGUGGUUGAGACGGACUGUUGGAGCAACAUAUGAUGAUUUUCAAGAUAGAUUAUCACAUUUGCGGAGACAGUGUCAACCGCAUUUGGCUGAAACUGUGAAAGCAUCAGUUGAGGGCAUUUGCUUGAAAAUUUACCACUUGUCUGCGGAAUAUGCUCGUAAAAUAAGAGAGAAACAUAGUGCGUUACUUAAAGAAAAUGGAAUACAGGAACUUCAAGCUCCGCUGCAACAAGCAGCUUUGCGUAAAGUGUGGUGUUAUCCGGUGCAGUUCGCAGUGCCGGCCCCACGGCCUCCGCUCGUAGAGCAUUUCCUCGACCGGGAUCAGACAUUAUUACGCUAUCUUGGUGAAACUCAGGUCCUCAAUGCUGUGUAUUUACAGAAGCUGGAAUGCCUAUACCGGUAUAGUUGCUUCGACGACAAGAAGUUCGAGCAGUUCUUGUCACGAGUGUGGUGCCUGCUGCGGCGCUACGCGGCGUGGGUCGGUGCGGGCGGAGAGGCGCAGCUGACGCAGAUGUCGCUGCCCGUGCCCGUGCUCGAGUGUCUGCACCGUUGCUUCGGCGUCACGUUCGAAUGCUUCGCUAGUCCGCUGGAUUGCUACUUCAGGCAAUAUUGUUCUGCAUUUGCCGACACUGACUCGUAUUUUGGAUCUCGAGGGCCAUUUUUGGAGCUGCGUCCCGUAUCCGGGUCAAUGGUAGCACAUCCACCUUACUGUGAGGAACUACUAGAGGCAUCGUUACGACAUAUGGAGAGGCUAUUGCAAGAUUCCGCCGAACCGCUGAGCUUCGUCGUUAUCCUGCCAGAGUGGCCAGAUAGGCAAACACACGCAUUACACAAACUUCAAGCCAGUCACUUCAAAAGAAAACAGGUGGUUAUUCCAGCUUUUGAGCACGAGUACCGCCACGGAUUUCAGCAUGUCCUAACCAAGUUUUUACUUAGUUUUUGUUACGUACCUGGAAUAGUGAGGUUACGAAAAUAUACCAAUGAACCGGACUUUCACUGAGAAGCGAAGACAAACUACGUGUAAUUAGUAUGUUUUAUUAUUACGUAACAGUAAUUGUUAAUUGUAAUACUGAUCAUUUUCAUUAUUAUUCAUUGUAUGCCCAUUUCAUUUAUUUUUGAAUAUUACUUUAGAACAUCAUAAAUUCACAACCAUUUCAUAAUAGGUACCUUGUCUCGAAUUAUUGAACAGUUUUGGUGUAGUUUGCAAUUUUACACAGAAGUUUGUUUGACAAAUAAUUCUAACCGUGAUUAACGACAGUAAAUGAAAAACUUUGUGAUUCGUAUUUCACAAGUUUCGUAACUUGGGAGUCCAGAUGUUUUUUUUAAAUAGCUUCAUGGUUCUGUGUAUUAUGUAAUUAGUAUGUAAGAUCAAAGUGGUUACUGAUUAUGAAUCAGGGGGGGAAUCUGGGCUAGCGUACGUAACACAUGAC